AUGGCUUCACAAACUCCGAUGUCAGUCGCCGUUCUCGACGACUACCAAAACAUCGCUCUCAACCACUUCUCUCGCCUGCAGAACAUCAAGCUCGACAACUUUCCGAGUACCCUCAAUGCCGCGGUCCCAGAAGGUCUCUCUGCCCUGGCAAAGCAACUCCAACCCUACCAAGUCAUCAGCACAAUGCGCGAACGCACCGCUUUCCCCGCCGAGCUCCUCCAACAACUGCCCAAUCUCAAAUUGCUCAUGACCACCGGGCCGCGGAACGCUUCCAUCGAUCUCGCCGCUGCGUCCAAGCGCGGUGUUGUAGUGACGGGGACAGCGGGUGGGAAACCCUCUCGUCCGGAGAACUAUAGUACAGCGGACCUCCCGCCCCCGGCCUCAGCGGACUCAACGAGCCAACACGCCUGGGCGCUAUUACUGAGUCUCUGCUCCCGCAUCCCCCACGACGAUCCCGCGCUCAAGACGGAUCCAGGAGCAUGGCAAAGCGGUUUCUCCAUCCCACUUGGCGGCAAAACGCUCGGGGUCGUCGGAUUAGGCAAAUUAGGCGCGAAAAUGGCUCGGACAGCCGUGUUGGCUUUUGGAAUGAACGUGAUUGCCUGGAGCGAGAACUUGACGCAGGAGAAAGCCGAUGCUGCUGCUGAGAGCGCCGGGUUGGCUAAAGGGACGUUCAAGGCGGUGGGGAAGGAGGAGUUGUUCCGGCAGGCGGAUGUGGUGAGUUUGCACCUUGUGCUUUCGGAGAGGAGUAGAGGGGUGGUGGGGAGCAGGGAGUUGGAGAUGAUGAAGGGGAGUGCGGUGUUGGUUAAUACGUCGCGCGGGGGGUUGAUUGAUGAAGAAGCGUUGUUGGAGACGGUGAAGGAGGGUGGGAUUAGGGGCGUAGCGUUGGAUGUCUUCUGGACCGAGCCGCUGCCAGAGGGUAGUGCUUGGAGGAAGAGAGAUGGGUUUAAGACGGAGGUGGUGCUGAGCCCGCAUAUGGGGUACACUAAUGCGGGGACGAUGAACAGGUGGUACGAGGAGCAGGCGGAGAAUCUGGAGCGGUGGUUGAAGGGGGAGGAAUUGAAGCUGAAGAUGAACUGA